CUGUAUGUGCAGUCUUUUACAGAUGCCAAGGGAAAUUCUGGAACUUUGUUCGGUUUGCUUAACAAGUGUCGAACGGCUCCUGGACAGCGCCUUUUGAGAGAAUGGCUAGCUCGUCCAUUAUGUGAUAUUAGGCAAAUAUGCGAUCGACAGAAUGCUGUCGAAUCUCUUGUGCAAAAUUCUGAGGUACGCAGGACCUUAAGCGAUAUGCUUCUUCCUAAAGUUCCCGACUGUUCUGUUUUGGCCAGAAAGUUGGUUCUCAGCAAAGCCAAGUUGCAGGAUUGCUAUCGCGUGUAUCAGUUAGCGGUUCUUUUACGACACUUUGAGCGAACCUUACGCGAGCUCUUUGAUGAUGAAGAGAAAAACGCACCUGCCGUCAAAGAUCUAAUGCUUGAGCCGAUUUGUUACGCUCUUUUACAUUUCGACAGGUAUUGCGAGUUGAUUCGCAGCACAGUUGACGAGGAGUACCACGAAAAAACUGGCGAUUUCCGAAUUCGUCCAGAUAUUGACCCAGAGUUGCUACGAAUUAGCGACGACAUGUGUGCAUUGGAGAAGAAGGCUGAAAAAGCUAAGACACAUGUGCGUAAACCUAUCGCCUGUAUGGACCUGCGUGUGUUAUUUUUAGCUGGCGUCGAAGAAGAGAAAAAUAUUCGAAAGUGCAAGUUUAUCACUGUCGUGGAUGUAAGCAAAGGUUCCGGUGUUCGCUUCCGCGAUGGAGAUUUGGCUGAAAUCAAUGAGCGUCAUCAAGUGCUGAAUAACAUAUAUCGAACUGCCCAACAAGACUUGGAGAAAAAAGUCAUUGCAACCUGCGGUCAGCUUUUCCACAACUUCUUUUCAGAAUUUGGGUAA